CUCUAUUUAGACAGCAUAAAGUAAAAAAAAAAAAAAAAAAUAAAAGUAAAAUAAUAUGCCUACUGAACCAACUAAAGAACAAAUUCAAGCAGUAUUCAAGAAACUUAAGCAAAAUAGAUACAAUAAGGCAUGCUUUGAUUGCAACGCAAAAAAUCCAAACUGGGCUUCUGUUUCUUUUGGUGUUUACAUUUGUACUGAUUGUUCAUCUUCACAUCGUAAUUUAGGCGUUCAUAUUAGUUUUGUAAGAUCAACUGUGCUAGAUUCUUGGAGCUGGGAGCAACUUCGUAUGAUGAAAGUUGGUGGUAAUCAGACUGCUCAUGAAUAUUUUUCGAAAAAUGGAGGUAAUUUAACUGUCAAAGAUGCAAGAAUGAAAUACACAAGUAGGGUUGGUCAACAAUAUAAAGAAUUGCUUACAAAGAAAACCAAAGAAGAUGCGAUUAUUAACCCCAACACAGUUAUUAUCGAUAUAAAUGAUAACGUUCUUCAGACUUCUGAUGAAACAUCUAUUAUUACAUCUGACCAGCAACAACAAUCAGACCCUACUACAACAGAGUCUGAGACAACAGCAGCAGUAGAAAAAGAAGAGAAUUCUGUAUCUACCACCACUUCUUCUCCUACUGUUGACACUACUGAAGUUAAGCCAGCAACGCCUAUAAAAGUCACUACGACACCUACUGCACGUUCAGCACGUAAUACAAUUGGUAUCCGCGCACCUCGCAAACCUACAAAGGCAGGAAAACUGGGUAUUAAAAAGGUACCUAUUAAUUUCAAUUUUGAAGCUGCUGAAGCACAUGCGAAAAAAGACUUGGAACGAAAAACUAAAUACGAUGAGGAUGAAGAUAUGAAUACGAAUGAAGUCAAAAAAGAAGUUGAACCUUCUUCAACAUCAAAAGUAUUCUCCUCUUCACGUUUAACAUAUAUGGAACCCAAUAAUAACAUGAAUAAUGAUAAGACAGAUGAAUACGAAAAGCUUGGUUUCGGUAUAAGUCGUAUCGAUAUGAAAGAUCAAAACGAUAAUAGUAGAAUCAGUAUGCCAGUUCAGAGAUCUUACCAAGAACAAGAUAAUAAUACAAGAACCGCUCAAGAAAAAUUUGGAUCAGCAAAAGCUAUUUCCUCAGACCAAUUCUUUGGACGAAAUGAGUAUGAUCCAGCUAUAUCAGCUGCUGAAUCAAGUCGUCUUUCACAGUUCUCUAAUGCUAAAGCAAUUUCAUCCGACCAAUACUUUGGAAGAGAACCAGAGGAUGAUUAUGGAGAAAGUAAUGGUAGAAGUAGAGGUUAUAGUGGAACUGCUGCUGAGAUUAUUUCAUUAGCUGAUUGGGAAAAUGUGCAGGAUCAAGCUGUUGCCAUGGCUAGAAGGUUUGUUGAUCAAGCUGCACUUGAUUUAGAUGCUGUGAAAGAUUUAGCUGAAAAUGCUACAAGUAAAGUUAGAAGCUAUUUCAAUGCAUAAAAUAUAUCAUAACUUACUCUCUUGCUCUUUUAUUCAUAUUAUAAAUUAAACAUACAAUAAAAACCAUUUAAAUAUGUUAUAACAUUGAGAAAUUA